UCCCGCAGACUGCCGGACCGGUAGCGGCAUGUCGUACCGUGGGGAGAUCUCCGUGACCCGCUCCGGGCGGACGUGCCAGGCGUGGAGCAGCCAGUCCCCGCACCCACACCAGUACCCUCCGGAACUCUUCUCUACAGCCGGACUGGACGAAAACUACUGCCGGAAUCCGGACGGGAACUUCGAACAGCCGUGGUGCAUCACCAUGGAUCCAGAGGUACAGGCUGAGUACUGUUCCGUGCCUCUAUGUGAAGGUACCACUACCCAACCUAAUGGAAACCGAACAACGAAUUUCACAUCGUCCUUUAUUUCUUCUACAACACAACCGACAACAGCGACACGAAAAAUUUCGACCGGUGCCUCCAACUCAACAACCAACGAAAUAACAGAGGGGGCGUCCUUGUCGUCAACUUCUGGAGUAAACUCCACUCGAACUACAAGUACAGAGUUCAGAAAGACAGACUAUACCACAGAGUACAGCAUUCUAGUCUCCUCUAGCAACCCAUACAGACCAACUGACGAGUCCACGACAGCUAACAAUGUAACUGAGGGUGUGCUGGCAACUGGGCGUAAAAGUGAUGUCACUAACACCGCGACUUCAAUAACAGCAACGACACCUAGCGAACAGAUUUCUAAUACUAGUUUUGACAGCACAGCUAAUAUGGUAACAACUUUACUAACUGCUUACCGCACGACUUCAAGUAGUCAAACGGUAACAGACACUACAAGAUCAUUGACAGCCUUUUCACCACAAAGACAUACAGCUAAAGUGCAUGAUACCAGCGACUCUACGUUAGAAUAUGACAUCUUGACAGUACCUGAGACAGACACAGAUAGAGAUAGCUCAACGCUUCUCACACCGACCUGGACGGGGACGAGUAAAGGUAAGACACCUGGUGACGUCACGAAUGCAGCCUCACCACCCACAUAUGCGUCUUUCACUGAAACGGUACGUAACUCUACCCGAACAGGCACUUCCGACACUAUUGCGGACAACGUUACAGCCCAGGUCUUACAGACUACCAGAUAUAAAACAUUUCCACAAAACACAGGAACAUUCACAACAAAAACAUCAAAUUACACAACACAAAUCACAGCCUUACAACGAAACACCGACAGAACAAGCGACAGAGUAACACAAACAAGCUUAAAGACAGCAUCAACUUCUUCCUUCUUCACAGCUACUCUCCUGUCUGAGAUAAACACAACAAGAACCAGGAAUGAAAACGGGACUAUGACGGAUUAUCCACCGACGAACACGUCCCUACAACUUACUACAGACACGAUACAACAGUCACACACUUCAGCAGCAGCAUCCAUUGCUAUUGGAAGCCAAACAGACGCAGCAACCAGUCACACUGGCACAAGUGCAAAACCAACUAUAAACAAUUCUACAUUCUUCAUGCCUACACCUUCCUCAUUGGUGAGGGAACCCACUGUCAGUAACACACCAUGACGACCAAACAAGUAGGGACCGACAAUACGAUACCUUCCACAACUGCAGCCCACGUAACGGACCAUACCAUCACAUCUUCAGACAGAUCCGCUACAGUUAAUCCUACGGACAUGCCGACUACAUACAUGACAAUCAUCGACAAUAUAACCCUACCCACAGACACAAGCAAUUCAAGAAAUAUAAUUGCAAACACGACCAAUGCUCUUUCAACGAACACUGGCGGUACGUCAUCAUCAAAAGCAACCCUACGUAACCAUAUAAUUACGCCAAUGGCUUCUGUUGACAACUCUACAUCUAACACAGCUCUAACCACGGCAAUGUAUACUGUCCCUAUCUCAUCCAUAAUCUCCUAUACUUCACCGUCUAUGACAGCUUCUAGAGUGACCAGUCAGACUACUAAAA